CUUGAACCUAAAAUUUUAUGCACAAAUAUAGCCGCUAGAUGAUUAGAUGAAUCCUAUGCAUACUGUCCCUACGAUCGAUGAUAACGGAUUUUAUCUUUGGGAAAGUCGGGCUAUAAUGCAGUACCUCGUUGAUCAAUAUGGAAAAGAUGACAGCCUCUCCCCGACCGUUCCCAAACUCGCAGCCAUCGUCAACCAGCAAUUGUAUUUCGACGCUUGCACUCUAAACGCAAGACUUUACGAAUACAUGUUGCCCAUAAUGAUGCGUUCUGCAAAACCGAAUAUGGAAGUACAUGCUAAGGUGGAGGAAGCCCUUGGAGUGUUCGAUACAAUAUUGAGUAAAAAUAAAUGGGCUGCAGGGGAUAACUUAACCAUAGCUGAUUUUGCUCUAAUGUCGACGGUUUCUACUUUAGAGGCAAUUAUGUUCGAUAUCAAGAAAUAUCCAAACGUCGAAAACUGGCUCAAUUCUUGCAAGAGAGAUGUCACGCAUUUCGAGGAGACAAUACAGAAGGGAUCUGACUGGAUUCACGACUAUUUGAACGAAAUCCUACGGAAGAUUACACAAUAUCACAGGACCAAACAAGAAGUCAUCCUGGGUAACUGCAUAGAAACCGACACCGUCGUUCCGAUAUUCACGAAGACAACGAAAAUCGGUGGGAAAAUGAAUCCUGUCGACGUAUACUUCUUUCCAGCCAGUCCACCUUCGAGGGCUGUAAUCCUGUUGGCAAAGUUCCUAGGACUUAUCAUCAACGCCAAAGUUACCAACAUCAUGGCUGGUGAACAAAUGACUCCUGAAUUUUUAAAGAUGAAUCCAAUGCACACCGUUCCAGUGAUCGACGACAACGGAUUUCAUCUUUUCGAAAGUCGCGCCAUUAUGCAAUAUUUAGUGGAUCAAUACGCGACAGACGAUAGCCUCGCUCCCAAAGAACCAAAAUUGGCGGCCAGAGUGAACGAGCGCCUCUACUUCGACUCGGGAACUUUGUCAUCGCAGAUGCAAGCGUACAUGUUUCCAGUCUUUAAAGGCGGUCAACCAAACAAUGAAGCGCACGAUAAGAUCCUCAACGCUCUGCAAGUUUUCGACAAGAUGUUGGAAAACAAUACCUGGGCUGCCGGGGAUAAGCUUACUAUAGCCGACUUCUCGCUUGUAGCAACUAUAUCAACAUUGGAGGCUAUCAAAUUUGACAUCACUAUAUACCCGAACGUGCAUAGAUGGUAUGAAGCUUGUAAGAAGGAGAUGACUGACUACGAGGAAUCGAACCAGAAGGGCGCAACGAUGCUGGGCGGAUUUUAUGCCAGCAAAUUGAAGAACUAAAGAAAUAUGUUGUAUUUUUAUCCGCUCUUUCGAUCGAUUCUAUUUCGGUACGAUGUUAAAUUGUAAUCAAUUAGGCGGCGGAAGCUUGGAAUUACGCUGCACUUCAGCAAUUUACUUGAUAAAUUUUAUCACGGGCGCAUAGCCUUGUAGAUGGGGAUCUAUCUAUGCAUUUAGAAAUAAGUACAGGCUAAUUACGGACGUACCUCGAAUACUUUCGUUAGAACUGUGCGGUAGCGGCUAUAUCAUCAAUCUUCUGUUAUUCUCAUUUAUUUUCAAUCGAAAAUAAUAAAAUAAAUGCAAUAAAAUAAAGUUGUA